UGUGUUUCACAACGCGCAGCAUGCCGCCGACACCGCACAAAUUUAAAACUAGGUAACCUCUCGCUGCUCCACUACACCCUUCACGUGUCAUUAUUCGCGGAUCCAGCUGCUACCCCUCACCUCCUCCAUACUUCACCCGUUAAACUCCCUCGUCCCCCUAUAUGAACCCCCAACCCUCUCCCUCUCCAUUCCCAAGCAAAACUCAAAACGCAAACGCAAACCAAGAACAAACAAAACAGAAAGAGAGGGCGGGCGGAAAUCAAAAUCAAAAUGGUGGCCGUGUUCAAUCGCUCCUUCUCCCUUCCCGGGUCUCCACGUCCGAAACCCGACCCGAAAAAGUCCUACCACGUCCGAUCCAUCAGUCUCCCCUGUCGCUCCCACCCCCUCAUCUCCCAACUCGAGGACGACAUCCGAUCCGUCACCAACUGGGUCUCAUCCGCACCCGUGUCCGCAUCCUACCUCUGCGACGGCCUCUCCCGCCUCGACCUCCUCCACACCUCCCUCAACGACCUCCUCAACCUCCCCCAGAGCCAAGACUCCCUCCGCCGCGGAUCCGGGUCCGAAUGGACCGACCGCAUCCUCAAUGACUUCCUGCGCCUCGCUGACGCGCACGGAUGCUUCAGAUCCGAGCUCAUUACGAUUGCCCAGCAGAAAUCUGACGCUCAAGUCGCCAUCAGAAUUCAAGAUAAACUCAAUAUUUCUUUGUGCACGAGAUCGAUCAGGAAGAGCGAGAAAGAGCUCGUCAAGAUCGCCUCGUCGCUUAAAGAGAUCUCUAAAUCUCAAGUUGGUUUGAGAUUCACCAACGGAGUUGAGGAGGCUGAGCUGGCCGGAGUAAUUAGAGAGGUCAUUAGUGUGACUGUAUCGGCACUGGCAGCUGUUUUCCUGGGGGUUGCAGAUGUGGCGUCGACUGCGACGGGUGGAAAAAAUUCAUCUUGGACGCCGUUAAGGAGAUUGUCGACUUCAAAAUCGUUUAGGGGUUUGGGAGAAGAGAGCUCGACGGAGAGAUUUGAGGUGGCGGAGGAGCGCGUGAGGGGGGUUGAAAGUAAAAGUGAGAGUUUGUUUAGGUGUUUGGUGAACAUUAGAGUUUCUCUGUUGAACAUCUUAACUUGCUAGGGGGAAAGAAAAAAUUUGUAUCAUACAUAUAUAGAGAUUUGAAUUUUGUGUAUACUUUUGAGAAUUACAACAAGGAUACA